AUGGUACCUCUUGAGAACGAUGAAUCGGUUGCAACAGGCCUUGCUGUCCCGGCCUGGCAGCAGCCCCGCGUUGAGAACGGCCCUCCACUGCCUCGUGCCGUGCGCUGCCACGUGCAGCAGCAGCUUGCGAUCCUCCUGACAGGCACACCUGCUCUGCUCUUAUUCCUCUUCCUUCCCCCCACCCCAAUUUCUCGCCAGUUCUCCCACCCAGCCGUCGCUCUUGCUCCUAUCCCGCCGUAUCCUCUCCCUCACUACCCACCUUCACCUCUCCUAUUCACCUCACAGUCACUCAGCCCCACACCGCGAUCUCCUCUUCCUUACCUCCCCUCCGUCGCCUCUCCCUCCUCCCCGAUGUCGCCUCUCCCUCCUCCCCGCCGUCGCCUCUCCCUCCUCCCCGCCGUCGCCUCUCCCUCCUCCCCGCCGUUGCCUCUCCCUCCUCCCCGCCGUCGCCUCUCCCUCCUCCCCGCCGUCGCCGCUCCAUCCUCCCCGCCGUCGCCUCUCCUUCCUCCCCGCCGUCGCCUCUCCCUCCUCCCCGCCGUCGCCUCUCCCUCCUCCCCGCCGUCGCCUCUCCCCCCUCCCCGCCGUCGCCUCUCCCUCCUCCUCGGCGUCGCCUCUCCCUCCUCCCCGCCGUCGCCUCUCCCUCCUCCCCGCCGUCGCCUCUCCCUCCUCCCCGCCGUCGCCUCUCCCUCCUCCCCGCCGUCGCCUCUCCCUCCUCCCCGCCGUCGCCUCUCCCUCCUCCCCGCCGUCGCCUCUCCCUCCUCCCCGCCGUCGCCUCUCCCUCCUCCCCGCCGUCGCCUCUCCCUCCUCCCCGCCGUCGCCUCUCCCUCCUCCCCGCCGUCGCCUCUCCCUCCUCCCCGCCGUCGCCUCUCCCUCCUCCCCGCCGUCGCCUCUCCCUCCUCCCCGCCGUCGCCGCUCCUUCCUCCCCGCCGUCGCCGCUCCUUCCUCCCCGCCGUCGCCUCUCCCUCCUCCCCGCCGUCCCCUCUCCCUCCACGCGGUUGCCUCUCCCUCCUCCCCGCCGUUGCCGCUCCCCCCUGA